AUGAAAAGCCUAUCAAAGCGAGGAUUACGCAAAAAAAAAAAGCAGGCGAACAUCAUUUCAGAAGAGCAAGAAAAACAGCUUUUGGACAAAGGUAUUUUUGGGGAGGACACACCUCAAGAAUUGUUGGAUACAGCUCUGUUCCAGCUAGGAGUGGCCAAGGAACAUCGUAGUCUUAAAUGUGGAGAACUAAGGCCAAAAGAUGGAAAAUGUGACGCUCUAUACCUUUGCCCCCAAAAAUACAUUACAGAGAGCUGCUGGUUUGCCGAUUCUCCUGUUGGAGUUUAUCAGAUACAACAAACAGUUAGUCGACUAUGUAAAACGGACGGAUUUAGUGGGAUUUUUUUUACAAAUCAUUCUCCGAGAUCAACAGUCGCUACAAUGUUAUACAAUGCGGGAGUUGAUUUGCAGCUUGUGGUGGAAAAGACAGGACACAUGUCGUCAGCAGUGCGAAAUCAUAAGCGUACCAAUGGCAUUCAACUCGCUAACGUUAGCGCUGCCUUACAAGGGGAAAAGUGUUAA